AUAAUGAGGAGCUGUCUAACUUCUAUAAAUACUUAUGUUUCUCUCAAAAUUCAAAGACGCUUAGAUAUUUCAUGUAAUUAGGUAUAUAGCCUACUUAUUGAAGCUAAUUCUUACCAAAUCAUUCUCCUCCCACCCAUCCAAAUCAUCAUCGUCAUAGUCCUCUUGGGUCAAAAAAAAUUGCAUUAGAUCACAUUCGUUAGAUUUUAUUGAUUAGAAAAAGUGUCAGUAUUUCCAUAUAAGAAGACAAAAUCGAAAAUCGCACCCUUAAAAAAUCGGUUUACGUUUUUGUGUGCAUAAGACAUUCGCUGCAAUUAUUCCUUAUAUAAAGACUUAAAUAUUUAUCCAUUCGUUUUCUUUGGUUAUAUAUCAUCGUAUAAGCCAAGCCUUACAGGCUAAAGCAAAACAAAAGUAUAUAAAAAUCACUGACUUUCUUUUUCUUUUUAUUUGCAUUUCCUUCAAAUUAUCAGCAAGUACCUGACAUUAUGAACUUGACUUUCAUUAUUGCAUUAUUUUUAUCCCUUUGGUUUGUUCAAGCCGCCGAGACUACAUCAUCCAGUUCUUCUACAACAACAACUCAAAGUCCGACAUUAGUAUGGGCAACCGGUACUAAUUCUCUUGGGGUGACUGUCACUACUCAAUCUCAAUAUACUCAACAAUUCUACACCCUUUAUUCUACAGUUGCUCCUGUAUUGUCAGGAAGUAUAGGUUUAGGUAGUGAUUCAGAUACUCAAAGCGUUGGUGAUAUCAGAACUUAUGCCCAAAUCACUAUAAGCAAUGCAGCUGGUGGUUCAUUCUCAAAGUUGCCAAAUAUCGAAAGUGGCAGAUAUCAUUACUUCUUAGCAAUUUUUGGAUUAUUUGUUGUUCCAUUAAUUUCCACUGUGCUCCUUUUAUAGAGUAUUCGCAUUUCAUUAGAUUAGUUUCUAUUAAUUUAUUAUUGUCAUUUUCAUUUUCAUUAUCAUUAUCAUUAUCAUUAUCAUUAUCAUUACAAUCUUGCAUAUAUACAAGUUUUAAAAAGAUUUAAAAUUUUUGGGGGUGGGUUAGGUGUAAACAUUCAAGUUAGUAUCGUACUAGUUUCAUAAUUUCCAAGCAGCAUACUAUUUUGAUGUAUGACUGCUUGAACCUUUUUAUAGAUAUUUAAUACUAUUGCU